CACGUCAUCGAACAGCUCCCCUGCCCGGGCUCCCAGUCGCACGCGCGGAAGUAAACACCGCGACGUCAUCAGGGUGCGCCUGCGCCUUCCCCUCCGGUCUCCCCGCCGCGGUGGACGUGCUCCGCUCCGCUCGGGGCCGGGUCUAUGUCCCGGCUUCCCACCGUCGCGGGCAGGGCGCCAAGGCGGCCAGAGGAGGGAGAGCGGUCCAGAGAGCCCCAGGAAGGGCGGCCUUCGGCUGUUCUCAUCGCGGACAGAGAAGACAAAGGAUGCACAUCACAGGAGGGAGGAACUACUCCAACUUUUCCUAUUCAAAAACAAAGAAAAAAGCUUAUUCAAGCUGUGAGGGACAAUUCGUUCCUUAUUGUUACUGGAAAUACAGGAAGUGGUAAAACAACUCAACUUCCAAAAUAUCUAUAUGAAGCAGGGUUUUCACAACAUGGUAUGAUCGGUGUGACCCAACCGCGAAAAGUAGCUGCCAUAUCAGUGGCUCAGAGGGUUGCUGAAGAAAUGAAAUGUACUUUGGGAUCCAAAGUAGGAUACCAAGUUCGUUUUGAUGAUUGCAGCUCUAAGGAAACAGCAAUCAAAUAUAUGACUGAUGGAUGUUUAUUGAAACAUAUUCUGGGGGAUCCAAAUCUUACCAAGUUCAGUGUCAUUAUUUUGGAUGAAGCCCAUGAGAGAACUCUAACUACAGACAUCUUGUUUGGUUUAUUGAAGAAGCUAUUUCAGGAGAAGUCUCCUAAUAGGAAAGAGCAUUUAAAGGUCGUGGUGAUGUCAGCAACUAUGGAAUUAGCCAAGCUCUCUGCAUUCUUUGGAAAUUGUCCAAUAUUUGAUAUACCUGGAAGGCUUUAUCCAGUCAGAGAAAAAUUCUGCAAUUUGAUCGGCCCACGAGACAAAGAAAAUACUGCAUAUAUUCAAGCGAUUGUGAAAGUGACCAUGGAUAUCCAUUUGAAUGAAAUGGCUGGAGACAUCUUGGUUUUUCUGACUGGUCAAUUUGAAAUAGAAAAAAGUUGUGAAUUACUUUUUCAGAUGGCAGAGUCUGUUGAUUAUGAUUAUGAUGUUCAAGAUACCACUCUAGAUGGCUUAUUAAUAUUGCCAUGUUAUGGAUCUAUGACAACAGAUCAACAGAGGAGAAUAUUUUUGCCACCUCCACCUGGAAUUAGAAAAUGUGUCAUAUCCACUAAUAUUUCUGCAACAUCUUUGACAAUAGAUGGAAUCAGGUAUGUGGUAGAUGGUGGCUUUGUGAAGCAGUUAAAUCACAAUCCCAGAUUAGGGUUGGACAUCCUGGAGGUGGUCCCAAUUUCAAAGAGUGAGGCGUUACAGCGAAGUGGUCGAGCUGGUAGGACUUCCUCAGGAAAAUGCUUUCGGAUCUAUAGUAAAGAUUUUUGGAACCAGUGUAUGCCCGACCAUGUGAUCCCUGAGAUUAAGAGAACUAGUUUGACAUCUGUAGUUUUGACCUUAAAGUGCCUUGCCAUACACGAUGUUAUAAGGUUUCCUUAUUUGGACCCACCUAAUGAGAGACUUAUUUUGGAAGCCCUUAAACAACUUUAUCAGUGUGAUGCUAUUGACAGGAAUGGCCAUGUGACCAGAUUGGGUUUGUCUAUGGUAGAAUUUCCUCUCCCUCCACAUCUGACAUGUGCAGUAAUAAAGGCUGCUUCUCUGGACUGUGAAGAUCUACUACUUCCAAUAGCAGCAAUGUUGUCUGUGGAAAAUGUCUUCAUUAGACCUGUUGAUCCAGAGUAUCAGAAGGAAGCAGAACAGAGACAUCGAGAACUGGCAGCUAAAGCUGGAGGAUUUAAUGACUUUGCAACUUUAGCUGUCAUUUUUGAGCAGUGCAAAUCAAGUGGAGCUCCAGCUUCCUGGUGCCAAAAACAUUGGAUUCAUUGGAGGUGCUUAUUUUCUGCAUUUCGUGUUGAAGCUCAACUUCGAGACCUAAUCAGGAAGCUUAAACAGCAAAGUGAUUUUCCAAGAGAGACGUUUGAAGGCCCUAAACAUGAAGUACUUCGAAGAUGUCUUUGUGCAGGCUAUUUCAAAAAUGUAGCUCGAAGAUCUGUUGGGAGAACGUUUUGCACAAUGGAUGGGCGUGGGAGCCCAGUUCACAUUCAUCCUUCCUCAGCACUUCACGAACAGGAAACCAAACUUGAAUGGAUCAUUUUUCAUGAGGUAUUAGUUACCACCAAAGUCUACGCAAGAAUUGUGUGUCCAAUUCGCUAUGAAUGGGUGAGAGACUUAUUACCCAAAUUGCAUGAAUUUAAUGCACAAGACUUGAGCAGCGUGGCCCGACAUGAAGCAAGAGAAGAUGCAAGAAGGAGAUGGACAAAUAAGGAAAACGUAAAACAUCUAAAGGAUGGAAUAUCAAAAGAAGUCCUAAAGAAAAUGCAAAGGAGAAAUGACGAUAAAUCCAUAUCAGAUGCACGAGCUCGUUUCCUUGAGAGAAAGCAGCAGAGGUCCCAGGAUCACAGUGACACACUGAAGGGAACAGGCUAAGCAGUGAACCCUCCAAUUCAGGAAGUAGGAAAAGCAGCCAAGAAAUGUGCUUCUACCACCAUUUAUGUAAGACAGCACUACCAAGAUGAAGUGGUCAGCAGUUGUUUUUAGCAUAUGGGCGAGAAGCAAAUCAAACUCAUUAAUACUAAUGGAUGCAAUUUUCAGAGAAGAUUGGGUUGCCAUAGUCAUAGGCAAUGAUAUAUGAAACCAAUGAAAGACAAUACAUGUGAUAUUUUUCUCACUUCAAUUUUGCUGGCCUUAACUAGUAUCAAAUGCUGUUGAGAUAUUUUCAAAGAACAUUGAAUUUUAUGUAAUCAGUGUGUUCCAUUUGCAUUGAAGCAUUAAAAAUUAUUUUCCUUAAAUCUCUUUAAGGCCUUCUUUUGCUAUUAGAAUAGUAUUAUAUCAGGCUAUCAGGUAUGUGACCAUUUCCUUCAGAAGGCUGAACAUAAGAGGUUUUUAUUCAGCAAUAUUUAGAUGUCUGUUUAAUUGCUAAAGAGCUUUAUAGAUAUUUAGAGAAAAGACUUAACUAGUAAAUAAGAAAAUUGCCCAUGGAAGUAUUCUUUGUUGAAUUAAUAUUAAUCCUGAAAUUGAUUUUUCUGGGAUUAUAUAAAUUCCUUUUUAUAUAAAAGUAUAUUGUUUAAAACAGUAGCUAUAGCCUUAUAUAUAUAUAUUCUUUUUGUAACUCACUCUACAUACUUGCAUCAGCAUCAUGUAUGUAAGUUGUGACAGUGUUUCAAACAGUUGUGACAGUGUUUCUACCUGGCCUACUCUCUUGCCUCCAGCUGCUUGGGUAGGACCAUUUAAACAUCUAGUAUGCUGUUUUGAAAUGGGAUUUUCAAAGCAGCCAACAUUACAUCACCAGUGUUUCAAAUUGGAACCUUGAGGCCAAUAUCACACUCAGGCCAUAUUCAACACCUGCCCACUCUAUUGUUUACUGUCUUGUAUUCUAGUUAUUUGUGUAUUUGUCUUUCUCCCACUAGAUUAUAUGCUCUUUGUGGGCAGGAACUGUCUUUUUCAUCUUUGUAUCUUUCAUGGCACCUAGCACACUGCUUUGCACAUAGUAUUCACUCAAUGUUUGUUGAAUAAAGCUAUUAGUUUAUUUAAAAUUCAAAAGGCAGUAUAAUGUGUGUUUUUAGAAUUUUUGGUAAAGACUAAGAAUCUAAAUUGUUUAUUGGUAACUAACACUUAUGCAGUUAGUUUUUUGUCAAUAUUAGAGACUUGAAGUCUUUAUUGAAAAAUCACAUGAGGACCCAAAUCCAUGUGUUUGUUCUUGAAGUAAGGUAAGUGGUGACGGUUUCUAUGAACAUUCCCCACAUUAUUUGUUUAUUUUCAUCUUAAGUGCCCUCUAGUGUUUCAGCAUGUUAGUCCUAUCAGUUCCCCUUGUCAGGUUUAUGUAUUGGUGCAUUCCUUCGAUGUGGUAGGGGUGUAUGUGGAUUCUUAGAAUAAAAGCUCUUUUAUUUCUGUAAAUUAAGCACACAUUCAGUAAGUUAAGCACAUGUUCUAAAUCUAUAGUCCAUUCCGAAAUUUCAUUAGUUCUCCUAAUAAUGUUCUUUAUGUUUUCCUAAUUCAGGAUUUAGUCAGGAAUCAAGUAUUAUAUUUAAUCUCUUUUAAUCUGGAAAAGGUCCUUAGUCUUUGUCUUUUACAUUUAUCAAUCUUUUCCUUUUUCUUUUGUUGCAUUGGACAUUUUCAAAUAACAUUUUGACAUUUUAAAAUAAUACAGACUAGUUAUUUUAUAGAAUGUUCUCAAUUUGCGUUUCUCUUAAAACAUCAAAUUUGGAGGCACAUGGUAUUUGCCCCUUAUUGAUAUUUUGGUUAGGGUGUUUUUUAAAUUUCUUUCAGUAAUUAAUUUGGAGGAGGGAUACUUUGAAAUAGCCUGUUCCUCAUAAAUUAUCACCUUUUGGAUUUAGCAUCAACUGAUGAUUCUUGCCUGAAUCAGUUUAUUUCUAUGGUUACAAAAUGGUGAUCCCCCCCCAAUUCUUUGCUAUAUUUAUUUGUUAUAUUGUAAGGAAGAGCUUUCCUUGAAGAAGAAUGUCUGAUAAACAGAUGGAUGCUAGAGAGCAUAGCUCAGGACAGAGAAUUAGAAAGCUAAGGGGAUAUUUGAGAGAGAUGGCAAAUAGUCCAGUUUGUUUGGUGCAUAGAGUAUAUAUAGGAGUUACAGGCUGAAAAUGUUGGUCGAGGACAGAUUAUAUGGAAGGCUUUGAAAGCCAUACUAUGGAAUUUGGACAUUUUUGUGCUAUAUAUGAAUUUAUUGGAGGGUAGUGACAUCAUUACAGCUUUAAGGUGUAUUUGUGGCAGUGGUGUCCAUAAGAGGAAUUUACAGUAUUUCUUUGAGAGGAAUAAUACUGGAUCUAGUUGAGAAGGUGAAAGGAGCCUUGGAGGAAAGGUAGUGGUUAUGAAGAAGUUUGUUUUUAAAAGAAUAUAGAGGAUUCACCUUUAAAUUACUAAAUGAACCAAAACAAAUGAAGACAAAUGUUAUCAUAGAAAAUUGGGCAAAGGAUCUGGUCUGCCAUUUCAUAAAAGAAGAAAUGUGAACGGUCAAUGAAUAAGUUCCUAAAUCUUCCUAGUAAUUAGGGAAAUGCAGUUGAAAAUAACAGAUGCCAUUCUUUUUCAUCAGAUUGGCAACAAUAAUAUGCCUGAAAAGUGUUGACAUAGAAUAAAUUGUUCUUUUUUUUAGAGAACAUUUUUGGUAAUACGUAGUAAAGUUGAAGAUGUGCUUAACCUGUGACCCAGAAAAUCCACCUUGAGAUUUAUAUCCUAGGAACUCAGAGAUUAUAUAAAAUACUCUAGUCCUCAUAAAAUGUAACUCCCAUAGAUUUAACAUCAGUUAAUUUAUAAAAAUGUUAUGUAUGGCAUUGUUUCUAAUAGUAAAAUAUGGAACAGUGCAUAUGGCUAUCAAUAGGAAAAUGGUUGAAUAAAUUGUGUUAUGUUCU